CUCUGCAUGCUGGAAGGCAGAUUCCCUGCUUAUCUGGAGCCUGGAGGCUGUGUCCAGUUAGUGGGAAACAGAUCUGUUUAAUGGCAAAUGGAUGCAUCAGUAUCUUUGAUAAGAAUAAAAGCUGAUUGCUGGCUAAGUUGGCUGAUAAAACCAGCAAUGAAGCAUCUCUACCUUGUCUUUGUAAUUACACCUAAACCUGAGUUUAUAACCAGAAUUGAAAAAUCUGGUUUUCUGUUUAAAAAGUUUUCUUUUUAAAUAGCUUGAACUAUAAAAAUGCCUUUUUCUAAAGCCUAAGUUUUUUGUUGUAAUGCCUCUGUUCUUGUAAUGGACUCCAACAGAACCUCAGCAUGGUAUUUCUACUGCCAAUAUGUCAAAUCAAGUCAAACCAGUGGAGUGGUGGUUGUCACUCUUGGCUGAGCACAUGGAACCAGAGUCUGAUGAAACAGUAAACCUGGCUUUUGUCAGAAGCAGCCUCUUCUGCAUGUGCAUAGAGAAUAUUUCCUUUAUUUCUGUGUAUUCAGAUAGUUCAUAUCACAGCCUAUUUAAUUCAAAACUGAGAAACCAUUUGGGAGCUGUAAAUGCUGAAAUUCUUGUUUUCCUCCCCUAACAUAAGGUGGAAAAAAGAACAAUGAGGGAGGAGAUUCACUAAUACUGAAAUCUUUCCGUGGAGGACACAGCAAGGUUCAAUUCAUUUAAUAAAGAGAAUUCAUUUGUUUUCACUAAAGCAUUUUAAAAUGCAAACCAUGUUUCUGUAACCCUUCUAUGCAUCCUGCACCUAUGAUGUAUCAUUCAAGAUUAAUAAAACUCUAAUACAUAAAAGCUGGCAUUUUAAAAUUGUUUUAUAAACAGUCUGGCUACUAACCCAGGGUGGAAACUGGAAUGCAGGUAUGCUGCUCUUCAGGCCUUUGCCUGGCUAGAGGAUUAAGCUCCAGAUUUUGGGUUUUUGUUUUUGUUUUUUUUUUUAAUUUAGAGGAAAAUGAAAGCUUUAGGGGAAGAUUUAAGCCCCGAGCAUGGGGUGUCCAUCCAGUGAUGUUCAGGGUGGUGUCAGUCACUCUGAGGUGUCCGUGGCUCAGAGAAAGGCUCAAUGAAUGUCCCUCAAUAAAUGUCCCUCCUAAUUUAGAGGUGUCUGACUCACGAGCUGGCGGGUAAAAGGGAGACAGUGACCAUGGAGUUGUCAUGGCCAUCUCCUCUGCUUGUCCUUAAAGGAAUUGCUGCUGUCCAGUGCUUGGAGCAAAGGAUGUGGGCACCUUCUCCAAACUGAGAUACUGCAAGUCUGAAAACUGUGAGAGCUGCCUCCCUUUAGGCCACGCUGAGACACGACACUCAGGGAGGAAUGGUGAAUAACACUGAAGACCCUCAAGAGGCUUUGUAACGUCCCAUCCUCAUGUAAAGUAUGCUCAGAACUUUUCCAGUAGUCCUGCUGGAAACCAUGUCUCACUACACAGACGAGCCAAGAUUCACCAUAGAGCAGAUCGACCUCCUGCAGCGCCUGAGACGCACGGGAAUGACCAGGCAUGAGAUCCUGCACGCCCUGGAAACCUUGGACCGUCUGGACCAAGAGCACAGCGACAAAUUCGGGAGAAGAUCUGGCUACGGAGGCGGCUCCUACGGCAACAGCACCAACAACGUGCCGGCGUCGUCCUCGACGGCCACGGCUUCCACACAGACGCAGCACUCCGGGAUGUCCCCGUCCCCGAGCAACAGUUACGACACCUCCCCACAGCCUUGCACUACGAAUCAGAACGGGAGGGAGAGUAACGAGAGGUUGUCUGCCUUCAAUGGGAAGAUGUCGCCCACCCGCUACCCCCUGGCCAACAGCCUGGCCCAGAGGUCCUACAGCUUCGAGGCUUCCGAGGAGGAUUUGGACAUCGACGACAAAGUGGAGGAGCUGAUGAGGAGGGACAGCAGUGUGAUAAAGGAAGAAAUCAAAGCCUUCCUCGCCAACCGGAGAAUUUCCCAAGCAGUUGUUGCACAGGUAACAGGGAUCAGUCAGAGCCGGAUCUCCCAUUGGCUGUUGCAGCAGGGGUCGGACCUGAGUGAACAGAAGAAAAGGGCAUUUUACAGAUGGUACCAGCUUGAGAAGACAAAUCCUGGGGCUACACUAAGCAUGAGACCCGCUCCCAUCCCAAUAGAAGAGCCAGAAUGGAGACAGACGCCUCCCCCAGUCACAGCUACCUCUGGGACCUUCAGACUACGGCGAGGCAGUCGGUUCACGUGGAGAAAGGAGUGCCUGGCUGUUAUGGAGAGUUACUUCAAUGAGAACCAAUAUCCCGACGAGGCAAAGAGAGAAGAAAUUGCCAACGCCUGUAAUGCAGUUAUACAAAAACCAGGAAAAAAAUUGUCGGAUUUGGAGCGAGUUACCUCCCUCAAAGUGUACAACUGGUUUGCCAACAGGAGGAAGGAGAUCAAGAGAAGAGCCAAUAUUGAAGCAGCAAUCCUGGAGAGCCAUGGAAUAGAUGUACAGAGUCCAGGAGGUCACUCCAACAGCGACGACGUGGACGGCAACGACUACUCAGAGCAGGACACUUGGCAAGUACGCAACGGGGAGGAGGAGGGACGAUGUUCCGAGGGAGGCAGAGAAGCAGAGAAGGUAGAAGAAGACAGGAGGAUCUGCUCCAAACAAGAUGACAGCACUAGCCAUAGUGACCACCAAGACCCCAUUUCCUUAGCAGUGGAGAUGGCAGCAGUCAACCACACCAUCCUGGCGCUGGCCCGGCAAGGAGCCAACGAGAUCAAGACAGAGGCUCUGGACGACGACUGAUGCCAAGAGAGGGGAGGGUCAAAGCAAGAAGUAACUUAGUUUUAGACGUAGCACCUUAGCAGACUUUCCUCAGUCCUUAAUAUGUGUUCUUACAGUAUAACUUUGCAGUUUCUUGUACGUCAGUUAGCUGUUAGGGUCUUGUUCUGUGAAGAUGGCAUGGUGCCCUCAGCCUUUGCAUAUACUCUCUCAGUAUUAAUUCCCAAUAAAUAAUCAAUCAACCAACCAACCUCCCUCUCCCGGCCCCCAGUGGCUAGAAAGGUAAAAUUAAAAAAAAAAAAAAAAAAA